AAAAAAAAUAGGGUCGACGGGUCCUGAACCAGCUUUCAUUCACCAGCUCUAGUUCUUUUGUCUGGCUCAGAAUACCCGACGUUUGAAGUUUAAAAAGUUCAUCUCCGAACUUCUAAUCCCAUAUACUUCGCCUCGUCAUUGUGUCAUUGACAACCUUUCUUUGAUCUUCCGCAAACCCUACACUCUUUUGGUUCCUUGUCGCGUGGACUGCAGCUCGCGCUGCACAUCACAGGUUCAUCCAAUUCCUCUAUCUAUAGCCUAUCUAGCCCAGGUGGCGUAGAGGGUUCUUAUUGUUUGACUCAUUCUCUGUCUCUUGAUCAAGAUGGUGGACCAAACUCGGUCAAUGGAGUCCCGGACAGGACGGAAAAACCAACGUGAGUGCUUGUCCCUGGAGCACGUGGACCUAAUCGUGCCCCUCUCCAUACCCCGUUAGAACCAUGCGCGUCACCUUGAAUUUUAUUCCCUCCUUGCUAUCGUUGCCUAUGUCGCGCAUACCAUUGCUAACGUGUAUAUCAACGAUAGGGUAUGGAUCGAAAGGCGAACGUCUCGUGGCCGGUGUGGUUCCCUUGUCAACCGAUAAAUCACAGGUACUUAUGAUUCAAUCUGCGGGUCGAGGUGGCUGGGUGCUUCCCAAAGGUGGAUGGGAAACGGAUGAAGAAACUGCCCAACAAGCCGCUUGCAGAGAGGCCUGGGAAGAGGGAGGCAUAAUCUGCACAGUGCUUAGAGAUUUGGGAAUGAUCCCUGACAUGCGCCCGUCUACUCUACUGACGUCGCACGCACCAAAGGCAUCUUACCAAUUCUUUGAGGUCACCGUUGACCGUGAAGAAGCGCAAUGGCCAGAAAUGCAUAAACGAAAGCGUCAAUGGGUCUCCUAUGCGCAAGCCGCAGCUGCUCUUGCGAGCCGUCCAGAGCUCUUAGAGGCAUUGAAUCGCAGUUCCAUGAAGCGGUAGCGACUGCCUUACCUUGCCUGACUUUCCGUUCCCGGAUCUGAAUAGGCGAGGAACCUCUGGAAGAUCAUCUUCGAUCUCUUGGUCUUCCCGUUACGACUUGACGUGAUUCUUUCCUUUCUCCCUGACAAAAUAUUUCCCACAUCGGUUUACCUUCUUGCUUGCCUUCUCUUGUCUGAACAUCCUUUUUU